UUCAGCAAUAUCAUUUUCUUUCUUUGAAUUCUUGCGCCGUGAGAUAGCGCAUCAGAUGUGUGUAGUAACUGGGAGGGCAAGCGAUGUAACGUUUCUGAACAAGCCGUGCAGCCCUUCGAUAGAAUGUAAAAAAGGUGGGAGUGCGGCGGCGGCGGUGCUGGUAGCAGCAGAAAUCAACUGACGCACUGGACUGAGAAGGCUGGGUGCGUAGACGAACUUCAAGCGUUGAAGAAGUCUGCGUUUGACUGUGAACAGAGGAGAAGCAGGGUUCUAGCUGAAAACACUUACCUAAUCAAGAGUUUAAAAGUGUGAAGGUCACCCUGUAAUUUAGCCUGAAGGUCUACUUGAAGAAAAACUGGAAAGAGCAGCAGAUGUAUGCAUCUUGACACAGGAGGUACAAUACAAAUUCGGGGAAAACAGCAGUGAAGCAUGAGUGCAGAUGCUAGUCAAGGUGUGAUAACUACUCCUCCUACAUCCAGUAUGGGGCAGAAGGAGAGGUAUUUUGAUCGAGUCAAUGAAAAUGAUCCAGAGUAUGUCCGAUCGAGGAACAUGUCUCCAGAUCUUAGACAAGAUUUCAAUAUGAUGGAGCAAAGGAAAAGAGUCACUCAGAUUCUGCAAAGUCCUGCCUUCAAGGAUGAACUUGAGGGACUCAUCCAGGAGCAAAUGAACAAAGGAAACAAUCCCACUGGACUUCUGGCUUUGCGGCAGAUAGCCGACUUUGUUAUGGCCAGCUCUGUUUCAGGAUUCUCACCAUCGUCUCUCAGUCUUGGAAUGGUGACUCCUAUUAAUGAUCUUCAUGGAGUAGAGUCGUCAAAUUUUGUUAAAGGAGAAAAGCUAAUUCGGUGUAAGCUUGCCAGUCUUUACAGAGUCAUUGAGCUUUUUGGCUGGGCUCGCAUUCCCACCUCCUAUGUUACGGUCAGAGUCAGCAAAGAACAAGAUCAUAUUCUGGUUCUUCCCAGGGGACUGUCAUUUGCGGAGGCAGCUUCAUCAAACUUGGUGAAGGUGAACAUUAUUGGCGAGGUGGUGGAUCAAGGUUCUACAAACUUAUCUGUUGACUACAGUGGAUUCAGCCCACAUGCUGCCAUCUACUCAGUACGACCAGAUGUCAGAUGUAUUGUACACCUACAUACUCCUGAAGUUGCAGCUGUUUCAUCAAUGAAAUGUGGUGUUCUUCCCAUCUCCCAAGAGUCGCUCAUUCUAGGUGAUAUUGCUUACUACAACUACCAAGGCUGUCUUGAUGAACAGAGUGAGCGAAUAGAACUCCAGAAAGCUUUGGGUCCAUCUUGCAAGGUGCUUGUAUUGCGAAACCAUGGCGUGCUAGCUCUUGGAGAGUGUAUUGAGGAAGCUUUUCAUUACACUUACACCAUCCAAUUAUCCUGUGAGAUUCAGGUGAAUGCACUGUCAUGUGCUGGGGGUGUUGAAAAUCUUAUAAUCUUAGACCAGGAGAAAUUGAGGCCGUUUACAGAAGGGGUUGCACUUGCUGGAGUCAAUAUGGGAAGUCCACAGAAAUGGAAACCAGGUGAACUGGAGUUUGAAUCAUUAAUGAGGAUGUUAGAUAACUUGGGAUAUAGGACAGGAUAUGCGUAUAGACAUCCUAUUAUUCGAGAGAAACCAAGAUACAAGAGUGAUGUAGAAAUCCCUGCAACAGUCACUGCCUUCACAUUUGAUGAAAAUGACACAGCUCCCCGUUCUCCUAUCAAAUACCUAGCACAGAAACAGCAGCGUGAAAAAACAAGAUGGCUUAACUCACCAAAUACCUACAUGAAAGUCAAUGUACCAGAGGAGUCCCUCAAUGGUGAAAGCAGUCCCAGAACUAAAAUAACUUGGAUGAAGGCAGUUGAAUCUUCAAGUACUCCAAUCCGAAUUGAAGAUCCAAACCAGUUUGUUCCACUAAAUACAAACCCAAGUGAAGUUUUAGAAAAGAGGAAUAAGAUAAGAGAGCAGAAUAGAUUUGAUCUCAUGACAGCAGGACCACAGUCCCAACUACUUGCUGGUAUAGUUGUUGAUAAAAAGCCUGAAGUUACCUUUAUGACAUUAGAUGAAGAGCAAAUGGGGCCUCUUCCUCCAAACCCAUUUAGCCACUUGACAGAAGAGGAGUUGGAGGAGUACAAGAAAGAAGUUCAGCGUCGACAGCUAGGUUACGAGGAUGCUGACCAAGAAUUAACAUCUGAUGAUGGCUCCACUUUCUCACAGCCUCAGUCACAACCUCAGUCUCCAAAAAUUAUCUCUGCAGAACAAGAAAAUCACAAAGAUUCAGACUUCUAUGUUAGCUCCCAAGGCUCUCCAGUGAUAAUAUUAAAUGGGAAGGAUGAAGAUUUCAAUGAUGUUGAUAACCUGACUGAACAAGUCAGCCAUCUCACUACUACCAAUGUAGAGAAUGUUGAAAUUACAAUCAAAACAACUGAGAAGAUAGAGAUGCUGUCACCUGAGAGCUCGCCCUCCAAAUCUCCUUCUAAGAAGAAAAAGAAAUUUCGCACACCUUCUUUCCUUAAAAAGAAUAAAAAGAAAGAAAAGGUUGAAGCUUAGGAAGAGAGAAAUUAAUUUUUUAUUUUUUAUUUGAAAUAACAAUACAUUUUUGAGGAGAGACCUUGCACAUUUAUAUACUAAGGUAUUGGUUAGAUCAACAUAAUAAGGGGUAUGCAUACAGUAUGUGGUUUUAUUUUUUUAAAGGUCUGAGUAAUUAUAUGGACUGGAUUUCAGCUUUGAGCUAACCUGAAUCAGAAAUAAAUGCUCAAUUAGCUGAUUCAUGCGAUUGAUGACUCUUCAACAAUAUUUUGUGCUCUGCUCUCAUUCAGAUGGCAGAUAUAAAGCUAUAAUUGCAAUUGUUGAAACAAUGCUGGUUAACUGAAAAUUAGGAAUUAUGUGCUGCAUCUGGUUGGUUUAGCACAGCACCCACCAUAUUUGAUGCAAAUUUUAUUUCCUUUCAUUCUGAAGCUGUGGUCACUUCAAAAGGUUAAAGCCAGAUAAGUCUAGUGAGGAUUUAUGCUGUGCACAAUCUAAGUGACUACCACACUGGAAGCUAACAUAUUAUGAUUUAUUUUUGAGUUUAAUAAUUUAAUGGGUCUAUACUGGGGACCAUAAAUAAGUAAACCAGUUCUUGUUUUGUUUUGCUUUAGAGACAAAUUAUACUGCACUGAGUCAAAAAAUAAGUUGAAAUCCUGUGUAGCAUUCUUAGCCUUAUUUUAAGCACAUAUAACUUACGCUAUUAAUUGCUUAUAUUUUUGCCAAAAGCAAAAUCACGUUUUAGUGAAUGAAAGUAAAAAAAAAAAAAAAAAAAAAAAAAUUAGAUUACAGACAUAUUUUAGGCACAUUUCUUGUUAAAAGAGCAUUUUGUUGCAACAUGCAAAUAUGGUUUUAAAGUCCAGAUCUUUAAAAUCUAUUUUUUACAUAUUUCUAUACAGCUAUAUUUCAAAAAUAUGCGCCUAUAAGAAUAUUCUAAAAUUAUAUUCUAAAAUAAAAAUGCCUGGUUUCUAAAAUUGCCGUAUUAUGAGACUUGUUAUUCUAAAUAUUAAAAACUAAUGUCUACAAAUACAUAUAUAUGUAUAAUUAUAAGAAAAUACUGGAUUUUGCCUAUGUAGGAAAAUGUUUAACUUCACUGCACUUUUGUUGUAUUAACCAAACCAAAUAUAAGAGUUGAUCCAUAAAUUACUCAACAUGAAGGAGAUUUGAACAAAAAGGGAAACUUUGUAUGAUAAUUUGUGUGCAUUAAGGUAUGUUUGUGCAUUGAAAGCUUUUGAAAGUCAAAGAUGUCAUGAGCGUUUGUUAUAAUAGUAGACUAUAAAGAUGGGGUGGAAUGCAACAUGUCACAGGUAAACUGAAGUUCAUUUUUACUGUGAUGGCUACAAAUUUAUUUUGCUUUUCAUGGCCCACUUUUGUACAAAAAAGUCAGAAAUAUUGAUGUUUGCAAAAGCUUUCAAAAGUCUGUGAUAAAUUAUGCCCAUUAAUAGUAACAUUGAUCUUUGGCACUGAUUAAAUGUCCCAUUUGAGAAUUUCUACAUAUUAAUUAAAAUGACAAGUUUCCAGUAUUUCAUAUAACCACAACUCAGAUUCUUAUUGAUUCAAAAUAGAUGUUUUAUUUUAGUGCCAUCUUUUCCUCCCUUUUUUGCACACUUGGAUGUAACCACUUGUAGCUGAUUUUUUUAAGCAAAUGCCUUGCUUAUGUGUUUGAAGCACUUUUGAAAAAAAAUUCCCCAUUCAAAAAAAUAAGUAAUCAUUAUAAACUAUAUCUUCUACAUACUUAUUGGCUAUAAAGGGCAAUGAACUGAUUAUUUUUUUAGUAAAUACAGAGACAUUUGGAAACAACCAAAACAAUAUUAACAAGCCAGGAUUGAUCAGUGUUUCUUUUUUCUGCCCCCUUGCCUUCGCUGAUGUCUGUGGAGAAAUGAAAUUUUUUUUUUUUUUAAUUGAAAAUGUUGGUGGUGGGAUUGUGGGAUGACUAUUAUACUGUUAUUUGUUGCUGUAUUGGGUGAGCCUUCUAUUAUUUGUAUUUUAAUAUCCCAUUUAGCAAUGUGAAUGAUUUGUAAUAAAGGGGAGCAGAAGAAACAUUGAUUUUGUAAAUAGCAUGUUGCAAAGAGGUUUUCCAAACCUGGAAACGUAAUUGUGGUAGAAAGAAGUAAGAGUGUUUCAAAGAGUAGAGUCCAAUAUUUUUCAAUACUGGAAAUUUUUAGUUUUUCAUAGUCUCAUUGUAAUGAAUAUCCUUAUUUGUGUCCAUCCUUUGUGUUUUUAAUUCUCUUUUGUACAUCAUUUUAAAAUUAUUUCAGAAUAUUUUGAUGUAACCAUUUUAAGUAAGCAUUUACUAUUUCUGAUUUGAUUUGUGUACUUUUUUCUUUUUCUUUUUUUUUUUUUUGUUCUUCACAUUUUGUAACCAGUGUAUCUUACUCAGUUUCUGUCUUGAAACUUCAGUAAGAAAACAGGGUCAGCAUGUGACCUACAGAAGCUUUAUUAAUGCUUAUCUAAUGGAAUAUUAGAAGCAUCUGUAUUUUGAUCAGUGUAAAAUUAUACAAAUAAAAUCAUAUAUUUAAGAAGCAGUUGCCAUUUUAAGCAUGACAAAUUAGGGACACUGAUUUUUAUUUAAGGAAAACUUCACUAAUGGUACUAACAUUUUUAUUUUUUGGUAAAGCUAAGACAUUUUUUUUAUGUUUAUGUUAUUCGCUGUAUCAUCAGACUAUUUUCCUAAUACGUCUCUUUUAGCCCUGUGAUUUAUUUAGUUUAUUUGCCUUAAAUAGCCAAAAAAUAGGAAUUAUUACCAGAGAUUUUAGUGAAUGCUUAUGAAUUUGAGUUUAUAUAUGUUUAUACUAUGGCUGCAGCGCUAAAUUCUAGGGACCAUAUUAGAGUUUGGAAAAAAGUGACCUUUUAGUGCAGAAAACCAACAUCUAAAUAUACAAGCACAGCUACCCUUAUUUGUGAGUUCAGAGAGACUGAUGCACUUUGUCUGGUUUAGCAAUGGAACAGUCAAGUGAGAGUAUAAAGCACAGUUUUGUUUUGAUAAUAUUUCACAAAAACAAUUCAAACUUUAUUAUAUAUAAAUUAGCAUGUACAAAGACACUGCACUAAGGAAAAAAAAGCAGAAAACAUUUAAGUAACAACAUUCUGUCCACUUAUGAUAUGUUGACACCAUAUUAAACGCCAUAGUACUUGUUUUCUGCAUGGUUUCUUGGCAGAAUUAGCAGAUACUAGUAUGUUCCUAUACAGUUGUGGGAAUAUUUUAAAAAUGAUAGUACUGUUAUGAUUUGCUAGGUUAAGUGCAAGUUUUAAUCUGUGUGCAGACAGUAUUAUUAUAUUGGAGGUCUGCCAUUGUGCCUUUACACCAUAACUCCCAGCAUGCACUACUGCAAUAUGCAAGAAACUCUUCAGGACUUUUGUAUUCUACAUGUCCUUGGAUUAAAAAUGGAAAGUGAAUGUGAAAUUAGAUUUUUUAAUUGCCUUCAGUAGACAGCAGCCAUUUAUUCUUUUUUUUUUUAAAUGUACUUUGGCUUGGCAUAUAUUAUCAUCCUUUAGGUUUAGAUUUAUUUUCUUUUAGGAUUGAGUGCGUGUGUGUUUGUGUUAAUUAUUUAUCUAUAAUAUACUUUUUCUUUCCUGCAAAAAGCAUCUAAAUUGCAUUGAAAUAUUUGGUACCUGCUAAUGGAAGAAUGUAUUAAAAACUGUGACACUCUGUUGAGUAGCUUUCUUGCUUAAAAUAUUAAAUUCAUAUAAAUACA